AUGGCCGAAGUGUCUACCAUGACCCUCCAUGCCAUCGUCUUCUCUGGAAAGAGCUUUGAAAUCAGCACCCGGCUGACUUGUCCUCUUUGGCGCUUGCGGCGUCUCAUCGAAGAAUGCUUGGGCGCACUCGUCGAGUCGCGCGUGGCACGGCGCGGUGCUGACCGCGAUGUGGUGCUUCGGCUGGAGGGUCAGCGCACCGUGGCUGAUGCAGGACUAGAGGAUGGCGACCAGCUGUUGGUGGCGCUCCGCGACGGCGUCGCCUGCGCCUGCGCCACGGGGGGGCGGGCCUUUGCGCUGCGGAGGCAGGACGGCGAAGUCGUCUGCUGGGGCGACGGGGUGUCUGGCGAGAGCCCAGAAUACCUGAGGGGCGCAAGGCAUAUGGUGGCGACCAGCCAGGCCUUCGCCUUUGUCCUACCGGACGGCACGGUGCGUCACUGGCCCUCCCACACCCCCUGCGCCUCCCGCUCGUCGACCGCGCCCAAGCGCGUGGGCCACGCGGCGUUUCGGCGCGGUGAUGACGUGGUGAAGCUCUGUGCGACGAGCAGCGCGGUGGCCGCGCUGCUGGCCGAUGGUUCAGUGGUAACCUGGGGUGAAGGAUUCUUUGGUGGCGAUAGCAGUGCCGUCCAAGCGCAGCUCGACGGCGUCGUGGACCUUUGCAGUUCCACCGGUGCCUUCGCCGCGCGGCGCAGCGACGGCCGCGUGGUCGCCUGGGGAAGCGAGGAGUUUGGUGGAGACUGCAGUCAUGUCCAAGACCAGCUGAUUGAUAUCAUCGACCUUUGUGCCUCUUUGUCAGCCUUUGCAGCCCUAACUUCUUCGGGCACCGUGGUCCUGUGGGGCGACGAAGAGUAUGGCGCCCAAAUGGACGAGGUGCGUGCCUUGCGGAAGGUCUGGCGGUUGAAGGCCUCGGUAGGGGCCUUUGCAGCGGUGAAGGAGGACGGCUCCGUGGUGACGUGGGGAGACCACUACUAUGGAGCCUUCAGUGGCUUCGUACAAGAUCAACUUCGAGAUGUGGAGGAGGUUGAAGCCACCUCCUCGGCCUUUGCGGCUCGCACGCGUGGGGGCCGUGUGAUCACCUGGGGAGAUGCGGAAGCCGGUGGAGACAGCAGUGCCGUGCAGCAGCAGCUGCAGCAGGUCAUCCGGCUGUGCGCCUCCGUGAGCGCCUUCGCUGCGCUGCGAGCGGAUGGGACGGUCAUCACCUGGGGUCACCCCGACUACGGCGGCACCGGCCCGGCCGCAUCCGGCCUCCCCAGCGUGUCACCGGUGCGGCGGCUGUGGGCCACGAGCGCGGCCUUCGCCGCUCUGCGCGACGAUGGGCGGGUCAUCACCUGGGGCUCAGCAGCGGCCGGUGGAGACAGCAGAGGAGUGGAAGAGCCGCUUGGAGAUGGGAGGAGGUUGGGAGAAUUUGGGGAAGACGGGCAGGGAGCAACUUCGAAAUGUCUACGAGACCAAAUCGAAUCCGGGCAGUUGAUCUCCAUCGCCGCCGAGACAACUUCCGCACGUCCAGCGCCGAAUGAAAAGCACCGCUUAAGUGGGUGCACCUUCAGCAGCUACCCGAAGGUCCAGGAGCACUUCACGCUCCGGAAGCUGCAAGAAAGGGUAUGGCGCUUGGAAGCCGAGAACAAGGAGUUGAAGGUUCAAAACUCCAUCCUGAACACUCAGUACACCUCGCAGACCGAGACGCAAGCAGAUAUUCUCAGGAGCGAUGCGACCUCGAUGCUCGCUCAACGGGCCGUUGUCCAGGAUCAGGCUUUUGAUGUCGUGUUGCUGGAGCCGAGUGGGGAGGUCAUCCAAGAGGGGGACGAGGGAGACUUUCCUGUACAAUCAGGUCCUUCGUCGGCAUCGAGACCUACGGCUGAUGUGGGCGGUGAUGAGGCAGAUCAGAAGCAACAAGCCAAAGACGACUUGGACGCUGCGAUGGCGCUGAAAGACAACGACAUCGCCAAGCUGAAAACCCAGAAGGAAGAAUUGCAGAACCAACUCGACGAGGUCCGAGAGUUUCAGCGGAACAAGGAGAACAUGGAGCAGGAGUUGGCUGCCUUAAAGCAACAGCUGGCCGACACCAAAGAGGAGUUUCAGCGGAAGAUGAGCGACAUGGACCGAAAGAAGGCCAUGGACAUGCGGACGCUGAGCAAGGACGGAGACUUUGAGAAGAAGGUAGAGAUCGAAGCUGCAAAGCUCCGGGCGAGAACCAAGGAUCAGCUGGAUUCCACGACCAAGCGGACCAUCAUGGAAAAUGAGCAGAUGUUUACCGAGCUUCAUUUCCAGAGCAAAGAGACGGAAAAGCUCAUGGAGAGGAACCAGUCCCUGCUGGAAGAGAACGCGCAGCUGCGGCGGAAUCUGGUCAUCCACAAGGACUUGGAGAAUGAGUUGGCCAGAAGAACUCAUCUCUACCAGCGACUGCUGAAGAAGAUGGAUCAGAAGACCAGCACGCAGGGGAAAUCCAUGGAAUCCGUCAUGGAGCAGGAGAAUCCGUUGACUGGGCUGCGGGAAUGCAUGAACAUCUCCUCCGAAGAGUACAGUCGCGUGCAAAGACAGAUGGAGGAUCAUCAGAGUACUCUGCAGAUGGUGCGGCACGAGUUCGCGCAGUACCGCCGGGACCAUGCGACCUUGGCCCAGCUCCAGGACCAGAGCACACGGCUCAUCAUCUCCGCCCUUUAUGAGCUGAAGCAGCAGAAGGACCAAGCGCCCUUCCCGCCCACGACGCUGGGGAUCUCCAGAGAAGUCAAUGACAACUGGGGACUGGGGAUCUCCUUUCAGAAGUAUGACCCAGAGGCGGAGUGGCAGUUCACCAACAUGACCCCGAAGCAGAAGGAGUACUUCUUUCGAGUUUUGUUGGAGAAGUUGAAUAGCAGCAUGUGUGCCAUGUGCUUCCCCGUGGGUCCAGAGGCCUCGACUGCUAGCUUGCCGCCCAUUGGCAAAGAGAAGGAGGCAACGCGCUUCUCUCAGUUCCUUUGGUCAGUUGCAGAUAGUGGCUCAGUCCAAGGGCGGCAAGAGAUGUGCACCAAGGGUUGUCAGACCGAAACCUCGGCCAAUGACCCCUGCCUCAAGGAGGGCAUUUGGAAUCCCAAGGGAAAGACCUCGCACUUGAACUCCGCGGGCAUGCUCACUGCGGGCAUUGUGGCGGGCCAUGUGCGGAACUGGGGCCCCAAGGCCGCCCGAGGGGCACCACCGGCGGGCCGUGUUGGUCAGCGCACGUCCCAUGGGGAAACAGCGCGAAACUUCGGUGCGCAGGCGCAGCGCAGCUCCCUCUUCAGCGCUUAUGCGAACACCACCAGCACCAUCUUGGGGGCUGGAACCUUGGCGGUGCCCAUUGCCAUGAGCAGCGCCGGGGUCGUAUCUUACGCCCUCAUUACGAUCUUCGUGAUCAUGGUGAAUAGCCAAACCGCCACGUGGUUGGUUCGCGUGGCCGACCAUUUGCCCAAGUCGGAGGGCAACGCUGGGAAGAACUAUGAGGGUAUCGCCAAAAGCUACCUGGGAACCAGGGCUGCCCACCUGAUCUCAUUAGUCUUUGUCUUCAGCGGCUUGUCCGUCGGAAUGUCCCGGAUGCUCUUCAGUGCGGAUUGCCUGGCGCCUCUUUUCGCGACAUGGCUGGCGGAACCCGAGCGGCCCACUCUGAAGCUCAUCCAACGAAUGGAACGAAGAGUGCUUUGGGCUGCGGGUUUUGGACUGGUGCUGCCACUGGGUUUGCUGCGCGACAUCUCCAAGCUUCAGUGCACGUCGAGCCUGGCGGUGGUGUCCCUGGGCCUGACGGUCGCCUUCAUCGUCUACUGCAACGCCGAGGCACUUCAUGAGCAUCCCCAUUUGGGCAAGGGCUUCCAACUGGUGAACAUCGACAGUGCCUUCUUCCUGAGCUUAGCAAUGACCAACUCAAGCCUCUCUUGCCACAUCUCGGUGAUUCCCAUCUACGAAUCCUUGCGCGGCGGCGAUGUGAAGACCAUGAGAAACAUUAUCCUCGCUGCCCUUGCAACCAGUGCCCUAGUGUAUCAGAUGGUCGGUUUCAGCAGCUACCUGCGCUUUGGACAUUUGACCUCCGGAGAGGCCAGUAACAUUCUGGAGGUGGUCACCGAGCAGGUGAACCCCCACACGGAGCCCAUGAAGUUUACUCUAGCAGCCAUCGCUGGCGCCAGCGUCGCCUCGAGCCUGAUCCUAGGGAUGCCUGUCGUGCUUUGGGCGCUCCGCUCGGUGCUGCUGAGCUACGCGCGCUUCCACGUGCGCUCCUCGAGGGGCGCCAACGGUGAGAUCUCGCAGCUGGAGUGGUCCUUGGCUACCUUGGGCCUCAUGAUGACCAUUUUGGUGUUGGCCACUGCCGUGCCUGACAUUCAGGUGGCCAUGUCCCUCGGGGGCUCUUUGGGGGGUACCUUCAUUUCCUUCAUGUAUCCCGCGCUCUUCCAUCUCACAGUGGUCAAGAAGGUCACCAACUUCCGAGAAGCCUUCUGCCCAGCGAACCUCCGUGAGCUCUUGGUGAUCGCCAUGAGCGUGGUCUAUGGUGUUCUUUGCUUAUCGAUCUCCUUGCGGCGAGUGAUGAGCAAGCUCUCUGAGAAGGACAUAGAACUGGAUGCGUCGAACAGCACAUCAAGUGAGGCUUGGAGCUCAUCGGUUUCAAUCAUGUGGUGA